AUGUCCAGCAGCAACAAGACUGCCGAGAAGUUCAAGACCAAAGGGAACAGGGCCUUUGCCAGUGAAGACUAUGAUGAAGCCAUCAAACUAUACUCUUCUGCAAUCCAACACGAUUCCACAAAGGCCAACUACUUUACAAACAGAGCCCUUGCCCGUCUCAAGUCAAGCAAGGCUGAACAACAAUACGAUCUAAUCGCAAAAGAUGCUGAAAAGGCCCUUGAAUUAACUCCUGAUAAUUCAAAAGCAUUCUUUUAUUUAGGUAUUGCCCUGACAAAACUUGAUAAUCCAGAAUUGGCAUUGAAAAAACUAAACAAAGCUUAUCAAUUAGCUCUUGAAACUUCAAAUAAAUCUGCUCAACAAAUCUCUGAACAAAUCUUGGAAACUAGAAAGGAAAUUGCCAAAAAGGAAUUCAAUGAACGAAUUUCAAGAACAAAUCCUCUUUAUGAAAAAUUAUACAGAUUAUUACAAGAAUUCUAUUGGAGUAAAAUCAAUUAUUUAAGAUCAAGAUUCAACUAUAAACCUUUUUAUGAAGAUGACAUUGAUUUCCAAAUCGAGUACAAAUCUUUAAAAGAUCAAUACAUUAGAGAUUUAGACGAUUUACGUCACACUUUUGAAGCUAGCUUAGCUAAGGAUAGAGCUCCUCCAGCUAAAGAAGAAGCCCCAGAAUACAUCUUGGAUCCAAUUGGCUUCAACAUCUUCAACGACCCAGUCGUCACUCCUUCAGGAUUCACUUAUGAACGUUCUUGGAUCGUGGAACAUUUGAAAACUAGUCCAGCUGAUCCAUUCACUAGAGCCCCAUUGAGAGAAUCUGACUUGUACCCAAAUUUGGCCGUGAAAAAAGCUGCUGACAAGUACAUUGAAGAACACAGACACUUGUAA